AUGUUGGUGGAGCUGCUCUUCCACGCUGCCUGUGUGUCCCUGUUCUUCCCGGGAAGCCAGGGCAGGGUCUAUCCCGGCAAGAAGAAGCCAACCAGCUUUGCUGUAGAGAGACGUCGCCUGGGACCCCAUGUCUGCUUCUCAGGCUUUGGCAGUGGAUGUUGCCCUGGGUGGAUGGUGGCCCCAGGCAGUGGGCACUGCACCCUGCCUCUCUGCUCCUUUGGCUGCGGCAGUGGCUUCUGCAUUGCUCCCAACCUCUGCUCGUGCCCGGAUGGAGAGCAGGGCAUCACCUGCCCAGAGCCGCCAGGGACGUGCGGGGAGUACGGCUGCGACCUCUCCUGUAACCACGGCGGGUGCCAGGAGGUCGCCCGCGUCUGCCCUCUUGGCUUCUCCAUGCUGGAGACGACCAACGGCGUGCGCUGCACCGACAUCGAUGAGUGCCUGAGCGCUGCCUGCGAAGGGCUCUGCGUCAACACCGAGGGCGGCUUCGUCUGCGAGUGCGGCCCCGGCAUGCAGCUCUCCGCCGACCGCCACAGCUGCCAGGACACGGACGAGUGCCUGGCCACGCCGUGCCAGCACCGCUGCAAGAACAGCGUCGGCAGCUACCGCUGCUCCUGCCGGCCCGGCUACCACCUGCACGGCAACCGCCACUCCUGCCUGGAUGUCAACGAGUGCCGGUGGCCGGGGGGGCGCCGCGCCUGCCACCACUCCUGCCACAACACCCCCGGCAGCUUCCUGUGCUCCUGCCGCCCCGGCUACCGCCUCAGCGGGGACAGGGUCUCCUGCGAAGGUUACCCCAAAUCCAUCCUGGCGCCGUCCCCCAUCCUGCAGUCCCUGCAGCAUCCACCCACCCUGGUCCUGCUCCCACCCGGCUCUGGAGGACCCCUGCUGGCUGGGUCCUCCUCCCACCGCCCAGCUGCGGCUCCUGGCACCCAGCUCCCUUUCUCCUCCCCCAUCUCGGUGGCCCUGGCCACCCAGCCACCCCCAGGCGCUGCGGGACCUCCUGGGACCUCCGUCCCCUCAGCCCAACACUGUUGGCACCGGGGGGUCCCCCGGGAGCCCGGGGCUCGCUGGGCAGAGCUGGGCUGCCAGAGCUGUAGCUGCCAGGGGGGGCAAGUGCUCUGCGAGGCCAUCAGCUGCCCUGUGCCCUGCUCCCACCCGCUGCCCGCCCCGGCUGGGGGCUGCUGUCCCAGCUGCUCAGGGUGCUGGCAUGAGGGGGUGGCCCGGGCCGAGGGGGAUGUCUUCUCCUUCCCCAACGGCAACUGCACCGUCUGCCUCUGCCUGGCUGGCAACAUCUCCUGCAUCACCCCUGAAUGCCCCCCCGGCUCCUGCCCCAGCUCGUCACCAGCAGACUGCUGCUCCUGCCAGCCAGCAAAGUGCAGCUUUCGGGGCCGUUCGUACCCCCACGGUGCCCACUUCAGCCUGGAUGGGGACGAAUGUACCACCUGCACCUGCAGGGGUGGGGAGGUGGAGUGUUCCUUCGCUCCCUGCCCCGUGCUCGACUGCCCUCAGCACCAGCGGCUCCUGCGCCCAGGGCAGUGCUGCUUCACCUGCCAGGACCCCCCAGCCCCUGCUGGUUGCUUGAUGGAUGACAACGGGGUGGAGUUUCCCGUCGGACAGAUCUGGUCUCCGGGCGAUCCCUGUGAGUUAUGCAUCUGCCAGGCGGACGGCUCGGUCAGCUGCACCCGGACGGACUGCCUGGAGAGCUGCCCCCACCCCAUCCGCAUCCCCGGCCAGUGCUGCCCCGACUGCUCCGCAGGCUGCACCUACAUGGGGAGGAUCUUCUACAACAAUGAGACCUUCCCCUCCCUGCUGGACCCUUGUCUCAGCUGCAUCUGCCUGCUGGGCUCUGUGGCCUGCUCUCCUGUGGACUGUGCCAUCUUCUGCACCUACCCCUUCCACCCCGAGGGCGAGUGCUGCCCGGUGUGCCACGACUGCAACUACCAGGGGAGGAAGGUGGUGAACGGGCAGAGCUUCAGCCCCGAGGGACAGCCCUGCACCCGCUGCACCUGCCAGCUUGGCGAGGUGAGCUGUGAGAAGAGGCUGUGCCCACGCUCCUGCUCCGAGUCCUCUGUGCCGCCUGCUGCCUGCUGCCCACUCUGCCAAGGGCAGUGA